AUGCAGCGCGCACUGAGCUCCCCGGCCCGAGCUUCUGCUCUCGCCUCUGCUUCUAACAAGUUCCGAGCUGGUGCUGGCCUCGGCCAGCAGCUUCGCUUCGCUCACAAGGAGCUGAAGUUUGGUGUUGAGGGCCGUGCCGCUCUCCUGGCCGGUGUCGACACCCUCGCCAGGGCCGUUGCCACGACUCUCGGCCCCAAGGGUCGCAAUGUCCUCAUUGAGUCGAGCUUUGGCUCUCCCAAGAUCACCAAGGAUGGUGUCACCGUCGCUCGCGCCAUCACCCUGAAGGACAAGUUCGAGAACCUUGGUGCCAAGCUCCUCCAGGACGUCGCAUCCAAGACCAAUGAGGCUGCCGGUGACGGUACCACCACCGCCACCGUCCUCGCCCGUGCCAUCUUCUCCGAGACCGUCAAGAACGUCGCUGCCGGUUGCAACCCCAUGGAUCUCCGCCGUGGUAUCCAGGCUGCCGUUGAGGCCGUCGUUGAAUACCUCCAGAAGAACAAGCGUGACAUUACCACCAGCGAGGAGAUUGCCCAGGUUGCCACUAUCUCUGCCAAUGGUGACCAUCACGUCGGAAAGAUGAUUGCCAACGCCAUGGAGAAGGUUGGCAAGGAGGGUGUCAUUACCGUCAAGGAGGGCAAGACUCUUCAUGACGAGCUCGAGGUCACCGAGGGUAUGCGCUUCGACCGCGGCUUCAUCUCGCCCUACUUCAUUACCGAUGCCAAGUCCCAGAAGAUCGAGUUUGAGAACCCCCUCAUCCUCCUCUCUGAGAAGAAGAUCUCUGCCGUUCAGGAUAUUAUUCCCGCUCUUGAGGUCUCUACCCAGCAGCGCCGCCCUCUUGUUAUCAUUGCCGAGGACAUUGACGGCGAGGCCCUUGCCGUCUGCAUUCUCAACAAGCUCCGUGGCCAGCUCCAGGUUGCUGCCAUCAAGGCUCCCGGCUUCGGUGACAACCGCAAGUCCAUCCUCGGUGACAUCGGUAUCCUGACCAACGCUACCGUCUUCAGCGACGAGCUUGAUAUCAAGCUGGAGAAGGCCACCGCCGAUAUGCUUGGCUCCACCGGCUCGAUUACCAUCACCAAGGAGGACACCAUUAUGCUCAAUGGCGAAGGCUCCAAGGAUUCUCUUGCUCAGCGCUGUGAGCAGAUCCGUGGCGUCAUGGCUGAUCCCACCACUUCCGAGUAUGAGAAGGAGAAGCUCCAGGAGCGUCUUGCCAAGCUCUCUGGUGGUGUCGCCGUCAUCAAGGUUGGUGGCUCCUCCGAGGUCGAGGUUGGUGAGAAGAAGGACCGCUUUGUUGAUGCUCUCAACGCCACUCGCGCUGCCGUUGAGGAGGGUAUUCUGCCCGGUGGUGGUACUGCCUUGAUCAAGGCCUCGAGCAACGCUCUCAAGGACCUCAAGCCUGCCAACUUUGAUCAGCAGCUUGGUGUCACCAUUGUUAAAAAUGCCAUUACCCGCCCUGCCCGCACGAUCAUCGAGAAUGCUGGCCUAGAGGGUUCUGUCAUUGUCGGCAAGCUGACUGACGAGCACGGCGCUGAUUUCAACAAGGGCUUCGACUCCUCCAAGGGCGAGUACGUUGACAUGAUCCAGGCCGGUAUUCUGGACCCCUUCAAGGUCGUUCGCACUGGUCUUAUUGACGCUUCCGGCGUCGCCUCUCUGCUCGGCACUACCGAGGUCGCCAUCGUCGACGCCCCUGAGGAGAAGGGUCCCGGCGGUCCUGGUGGCAUGGGCGGCAUGGGUGGUAUGGGCGGAAUGGGUGGCAUGGGUGGCAUGAUGUAA